AUGCCCGAGGACGACGACCCGCUCAAAAUCAAGGACUUGGCCGUCACCUACGACUACCUCAUGUACAAGAUCCACGACCACAUCGCCACGCUCUCAGAAAUAACGUACAAGUCAGUGCAAACAAAACAGCGCCUCAUUGAGCAGGACUACUUCCAGCACCAGUUACACUUGGACGAGAAUGUCGCCGAGAUCCAGUCGUUACUCAAGCUGUGUGACGACAUCGAGCUUCAAUUCAUGAAACUCGACCAGCUUUACCUGUUUGUCGACGACUUCAAGGCAAGGGUAGCGUAUUUGGAGGAGGAGUUCGACAAAGUGUAG